AAGUAUUUUAUAAUAUUACUUCACUUUACAACUUUAUGUGCAAUUAAUAUAUUUUUUUGUCUAACUGACAUUUCCCUUUAUAUGCAGCAUAUAGAUGCAGCAAUGCAUAUGCUGAGGAGGCGACGCACCGACUAUCCACUGACAUUUCCUCAGAAGGGUGUCAUUCUCUCCACAUUCGUGACCACCAUGAUCAGCAGUGCAUGGACGAGCCACAGGGGUCCGAGGAAAAACUUUGUGUGGGAGGAUUAUAUCCUGGACUACUGCAGAGGGGUUCAUAAGUCCCAAGUCUUUGAGAGAUGGAGGGGUAACGAGUUUAUUUACUUCGUUCUGAACCUUCCCGAGGCAAGGCACUGGGUCACACUUGAAGUCGACAUAGAGCUGUGGAAAAUUAAUGUCUACGACUGUGAUUCCAGCGUCUGUCAUUGGACCGCCAUGGAACCCAUCCUGAAGACUUGGGGAGAACUGCUACCCUCGCUAAUCCUUGCAACCGAGGAAUUUCCACAUAACAGCCAGAUCAUGGCGUUAACUAACAGGGACAUCACGGUGCUUCCAAAAAUGCACUCGACUCGAGCCACUCACGACUUAGUUCCGAAGUCAACAACCAGGUACAUAGCGAUAAAAAAGUACUAUAGUAUUAAAAUAUGUUUUACGUUAGACUGACUUUACAUUUUAUUUUGCAUUUAGUGGUGAUUGUGGCGUCUAUUGCAUUGAGUAUGUGGAGCAUCUCAUGAUGCAGCGUGGAUUGACCGAUGUGACGCCAGACCGGAUAGCUAUGUUUCAUCAACGGUGGUGUGUUGAUUUAUUUUACCAAAAUGUCGGCUGAUUAUAUGUGUAAUUAUUGGGACAUUGUAUAUUUUGUGUAAUUAACAUUACAGUUAUGUAUAUAUAGACUUUCUUUUCGUUCAAAUUUUGAUAAUUAUUCGUGGUUUCAAAUAUAAAAUAUCAAUAUUAUUCAACAAAAAUAACUAUUACACCUAAAAAUAAUUAAUAUGAACUGUGGUAAGUAAAAAAAGAUAUAUGUUGGGAGAAUGUGCGCCGUCAGAAUCCCAUGCAUGGAUGAAUAAGGAUGAUUUAUUGUACUACUGAGAGUUACAAAGAAAUUAAAUCAACAAUUUAGUAGUAUUAUUAUUAUAAUAUAAUUCUAGGAAAAGAGAGCUGCCAAAAACGUACACAGAGCGAGAAUGUGGGAAUUUAAUUGCUUGUUCUCUCUUAAAUUAUUUGAUUUUUUUUUUUUAAAAAAAGUUGGAAAUAAUUCGUGCCUCAUUUAGAUAUAUAUAUAUAAUUUGGUUAGCACAUGAAAAUAAACCAAAUGAUGACAAAAUAUGCAUCAUUAUAAAUUAGUUCAUCACGUACGCUAACCUACCUUUUUUAUUAUAGCUUUAAUUAAUUUUAUGGCCUAUAGGAGAGGCUGUACAAGCCUGCAUGGCUGCCAUGUGUAAUAUUAUCUUGCAAUUAGAAGAUAUGCACGUACAAAGCCUUAUUAACUGAAGCAUUAUCAUCAUUUUAGCUCACUUUUUCUUUUUUACACAUAAUUAUUUUUUUGAGAAAUUACACAUAAUUAUUACACUACAAUACGUACAAGACGCCUCAAAUGCGGGCUUUGCAUGUUGCUCUGUUGUGGCCUGAACUGCCACAGCGGCUGCAGUUUCGUGGUACAGAACCUUUUUUAUCACCAGACGGGAAACGGUUCUCCCGUCUUCUUCCAGCGUUGCUUUU